UUUGUUCAGAAGCUGCCAGAUCGUGAUCCUAAGUCAGCUAUAAAGACCAAAACACAAACUCAUAUACCGAAGAAGCAUCCACAAACCUUGCCCAAAAGUUCUACACAGUCUGAUGGGGGAUAUUCAGGUUUAUGGAUUCUGAUAUUUCUAGUAGCUUGCAUUGUUGCUGGUGGCUGGUAUGUAUUUCAGUAUACAUUUCCCCAUACUCUGGAAAUUGAUAAAGCCAUACCAGUAUUUCAGAGUCAGAUGAAAGAACUCAUGAACACCUACCCAAAUCAAGAUGAAAGGGUGUGGAAGAGAAUCCAGACCACUUUUGAAAAACGUCUCAACUCUUCACAACCUCAUUUGGAGCCAGCUAUCUUAUUGCUUACUGCUGCAAAAGAGGCUGAAAAUUCCCUGAAAUGUUUAAGCAACCAGAUUGCUGAUGCCUUCACAUCAUCUCAGAGUGCUGCCACAAUUAAAAUAGAUGGGGCUAGCAAAGCUGCUUUGGACAGUGAUGCUGUCAAGCUCACCGUUGAUGAAAUGCUGAGCUCUGGAUUCAAGGGAGGCAAGAAGGCAGCUGUAGUGUACCGCUUUGAGUCACUACCUGCAGGUUCCACCCUAAUCUUUUACAAGUACUGCGACCAUGAACAUGCAGCAUUUAAAGAUGUGGCUCUACUCUUAACUGUUCUCCUGGACGAAGAGUCUCUAGAAAAGAAUCUUAGCUUGGUGGAUGUAGAGGUGAAAGUAAGGGAUUUCCUCCAGGAAAAAUUUACCAAUUCAAACAUGCCAGGUUCCUAUAACCACAUGGAUAUAGACAAGCUGAGUGGGCUGUGGAGUCGCAUUUCACACCAGGUCUUGCCUGUGUGGCCUGAAAACGUCCUCCCUCAGGAGAAGUGCCUGCAGGUGAAAUAAAUUUUUAAAAUACAAGCAACAAGAGAAAUAUAUUACUUAACAAGUUGGAUAGAAAAUUUCCAGCUUGUGAAUCAGCAUUGCUUCCAGCUGUGCAGUUCAAAGCUCAAAAUAGGAUCACUUGGAUUCUGUUUUGGAAUUUGUGUAAUGAACUUGUAGAGAAUGAACAUAGGUCUGAUUCAUCACUACUGUCAUUCUCUGUCCUGUAGCUGGUGGGACGAGGAAAUCUCUUGACUCGGGUCAUCUAGCUGUGUGUGAAGCUCCCAGUAAUCCUUUCAGAAAAUACUGUGAUUGGACAGACAAAGUAAUGAAGUAUAACAUGAUAAGAACCUGGUUUUAUCUAUGUGAAGUUUACCAUAAUAAACUGCAGAGUGUAUGACCAAGACUUUAUAUGUUGAAGAACAAUUCUGUCUUGUGCUGUUUAGCAAGAUCUGUGUAUUGAUAAAGUCUCCUAUAACUGCAAGCUUCCUUAAAAGUUUUAGCUGUAGAAUCAAAUUCAUUUGUAUUGUCAGUCUUAUGGCUUGACAUAACCACACAGUUAAAAAUAUCUAGUCAACAGCAACUCCACUUUGCUGAUAUACUAUUGGGUAUUUACAUCAAGAUAAGUAUUGUGGUCACAGCAGUAGUAUGAAGGCCAUCGUUUUAGUGGCUGCAAAGGAAAGAAGACCAGUUGUAGUUGUCACUGGGAGAAGAAGGCUACUGACUCCAUUCUAUUUAUCCAGUGCCAGUUAUUCAAGCCAGCCAUCUCAGCAAAUCUUUAGUUUUGAUAAUCUACAGGGAAACUGGGCAUUGAAGGAAAAUUUCUUGGAACUUUCUUCUGACAACAGCCACCACUAAUCUGCCUUUCUUCUUUUGCAUCUGAUAUGUAAGCCAGGAAAAAGUGAACUAUUCUAGAACAAUUGGCUGUUACUUAUAGUGCAUCAGCAUGGUUCCAGUCCUUAUCUUACAUACUGCCCUAUUUCUGAAAAUGGUCAGUAGAUGCAUGAUACACACUGGUCAAGAUUAUUUGAAUUUUGAAAUUGCUGUACAGGUCUGCUGUACUUAAAUGUUUUUUAAUCCAAGACUGCAAGGCUCUUCAAUCUGCAUUGGUCCACUGCCAAAGAAAUAAGCAUGGGUUUCCUUCUAAUGAAAUACUAGUAGGAGGAGAGAUCCAACCUCUUCCUGGGGCCCCAGAUACGCUGUCCAGCCAGUAAAAGAAGCAAUGUAUACAGAUGAAUCCCAGACAUUAUGUACAUAUUAAAAGACUUUAAUCAAAAGA